AGUAUUCUAUUCUUCGUUCAUACUUGGAUUGUAACCUUGUCUGUACGUAUACGGCAUCGAAUAUUGCCCACGUCUAUUUCCCACGUCUAUUAUGAUAGAAAGCCUCGUCCCUCUGGGGAUUGUGACGCUGAUCUUCGGCGGGUGUUGUUCCAAUGUCUUUGCAUUAGAAGCAAUCGUCAAAGAAGAACCUAACAGUGGCCUCCUCAUCACCCUCGGCCAAUUCAUCCUCGUCUGCCUCGCCGUCCUCCCCUCCCAACUCGACCCCUCCAGCCCCUACGCCCUCAAACGCUCCGCCGUCCCCUUCCACAAAUGGCUCGUCUCCGCCGGCAUGUUCUUCGCCGUCAACAUGCUCAACAACUGGGCCUUCGCCUUUAACAUCUCCGUCCCCGUCCACAUCAUCCUCCGCUCCUUCGGCUCCGCCACCACCAUGGCCGCCGGCCACCUCACCGGCAAGCGCUACUCGCGCCUCCAGAUCCUCAGCGUCGCCCUCCUCACCGCCGGCGUGCUCGUCAGCGCCUGGGCCGAUGCGAGCGGCAAGGGGAAGAGCAUGACUGACCCUGGCCAGAGUAGCUUCGGCGCCGGUCUGGCCGUCUUGUUGCUCGCGCAGCUGCUGAGCGCGUGGAUGGGCGUCUACGUCCAGGAUUUGUAUGCCGUGCAUGGCGCCGCCUGGGAGCAGAAUCUGUUCUACUCGCAUCUGCUCAGUCUGCCCAUGUUUGUCCCGCUGCGCGCUACGCUAGGGGCGCAAUUCCGUGCGCUGAUGCGCUCGCCACCGCUCGUCACGCCCACGUCAGUAUAUUUACCCGCGUCGCUGCCGCUGCCGGUCGUCAAGCUGCUCGCGCAGACGCCGAGGGCGGUGUUUAUGCUCGGUGUGAAUUCGGUGACGCAGCUGUUGUGCAUCAGCGGGGUGAAUCUGUUGAGUGCGAAGACGUCGGCGGUGACGGUGACGAUUGUGUUGAAUAUCCGGAAGCUGGUCAGUUUUAUAUUUAGUAUCUGGUUGUUUGGGAAUAGAAUGGGGUUGCAGAUGGCUGUUGGUGCGGUGUUGGUGUUCGGAUCAGGGGCGCUGUAUGGGUGGGAAACGACGGUUGGGAUUAAGAGGAGACGUGCAAAGGCAGAGAUGGAGGCGAAGAAGGCAAGGUGAACCUAGAGUUGUCGUUUUCAUGAUGAAGUUGGACCAGAUAGAUAUAGAGUUAGUAGUAGUAGUAGUAUUGGUCACAAAUCGUUCUUCGAGGCCAUCUGAAAACGAUCGGUCUAUUUGGGGAUCUACUGCUACUAGAUUGACACAUGAAUCGUGUGCACGUCUCGGCAUGAUCAACGUAGAACAAGCAUGAACCAACAAUAUGUUCCAAACAGUCGACAGCAAAGG